AUGGAUCUGGAUGAGUAUUUGAAGAAGAGGCGUAUAUUACUUCAUGGUGAUCUACCGAUGACGUCAGAUGACUUAAACUUUGGUAAAUGCUUUCUGAAAGAGGGUACCCAAAGCUUAUCGUGGCUAGACAUUGCUGGCCAACCGAAAAAAGAAGCCAAUCCGAAGGUUCUUCUUGAGUGGGCAUAUGAAAGUGGACAUUACGACCCCCUUCCUCUGCUCUCCAGGAAGUUUCCACAGACUUUUAAUGGCUACGAUGAGAAAGAUUUCAGAAUAGAAAGACUCCACAAACUUAUAACGCACAAAAAUGGUCAAAUAUCACAGUUGAUUUCGAAAUUGUCAAAAACAGAGCAUAAGUUGAAAAAAGUGGAGGAUGCAUUGGUUAAUAUGAUGAAUCAACAUCAAGAUACAAUUACGUAUAAAGUCCAGCAGCAUCGUGUUGGAGAAGAAGACCACUGUAACAAAGACAUCAAACCAGAACUUGGGGGUCAUUAUUUAGGGCCAGAAUCACAAAUAGCACCGCCAAUUAAUGCUCCCAAUGGUGAGGUCAACAAUGUUGGUGCUUUGAAAUAUAUUUUUGUUGUUGGGGAGGAUCUAAAAACGAUUGAGUCACAAGCAAGGGGAGAACACACACAGCCAGUGUGUGAUAGUAAGGUGGAUGAUAAAAUACAUCAUUGGCCAGGUACAAAAGUCCCAUUGGGCAGCAGUGUUCCCACAGGUGGAGACAACACUGAUAAAGAUGGCGUUCAUGAAAAUGCCAGUGCUGAUCUGGAGCAGGGACACGAUAGUGGCUCACAAGCAAGUGGAGGACACUCAGGGGCAGUGUAUGAUGAUGGUGAUUUCCAUGCAGAGCGCGUAUAUGGAGAGCGGGUUCAUGGUUUGAGUACAGUGAUUUGUGUGGAUACUUCCGGGAGCAUGGAAGGAGAACCUUUCACUGACAUGAAAAAUGCAGUACACAAGAUUCUUGAUGACGCAGAGUACACGAAAAAUGUGUAUGAAUUCAAGGAGUUGAUUGGGCUUGUACAGUGCGGGUCAGGGUCAGACGGUCAUACUGUUGUGAGUUUAACAGACAACUAUAACCAGAUAAGACGGGCACUAGAUCGUCUGAGUCCGAGCGGAAUGAGUCCUUUAGCAACAGGUAUCAGGGAGGCCGUACACGAACUAAAGCGACACUCAUAUGGCCAGAUAUCUAGGAAUUGUAUGACCUCAAAAACAUUGUAUGGAUGGUCCAACGUCCACAGCAUCAAGGACAAUGCCGUGGUCAUCUGGACAGAAAACAUCAACAUGCACAAAGAUCCUACGAUAAGGCAUUUUACUUGA